UGAAGUACAAAGAAGGGUGUCGAAGGGCGUUCCUUUUCGGUUUCCUUUUGUUUCUCCCUCGCUUUCCUCAUAGUUGACAUAUCUUUAUAUCUUACCGGUCCUUCCCGAUCGAAACAAAACUCACAAACAACUCCUACCUUCAACACCACAAUACCUACACAAUGAAGUUCUCUACCUCUUUCGUCGGCGCUGCCGUCUUGCUUGCCAGCACUGUCUCUGCCGAAGCCCCAGCCGUUACAUCCACUCUGACCGUCAAGCCCGGCUGCCCCUCAGCUGCACCCGCCGAUGUCAUGGUAACGCGCUCCGCCGUUGCCGUGCCAUCUUGCGCCGCAGGCGCCAACGAGACCAAGCCCAGCAUCGUCACCAUGCCUGGCUACGGAACAGGCAUGAUGGGUAGCGCCACGGGCACAGGAAUGAUGCCGGAGUUCACUGGUGCGGCGUCGGCAAACAUGAUGAGCGGUGUUGUUGUUGGCCUGUUUGGUGGAUUGGCUGCUGCGCUUAUGGCUUAAGAUUGUUGCGGUGGUGGAUUUUGACGUGGAUGAUGGCGAUGUGGGAUGGAGUUGAAGAGAU